GUACGUCUUUUUUUUUCCUCCACCCUCAAACCUUUCCUCUCCCGUGCUGCGACUAUAGAAGCAGAGACCGUCUGGCAGAAUUCAGACGUCUGCACAUCUGGGUUGUGGGAUCAACGUUCCGAUAAACAGGAGCCUCCAGAGGGAAAAUAAAGAGGCGUCACAGUCUCAAGAGCGACCGAUUUUGCUGACCGGCUCAGUUUGAAAGAAGUGAAAAGCAUACCUGCAAUGGAACAAUCCACUCCACUGCUGCUCGUCCUCCUCCGGGCGGUGACCGCUCUGCAUUAUGAAGGCUCAGGUUAUCCCUCAGAUGAAAGCUACAGUAAUGAGGCUUAUGUUGAGCAGCGCCCAUCUGUACUUCAUCCAGAUUACAGAGUUGCUCGCUGGUGUCACGACAUGAAGAUCCAGGACGGAGAGGCUGCCUGCUAUUCGCCCCGAGGUGGUGGUUAUCGCAGUACACUUGGAACGAGGUGCAGUCUGUCAUGUGACCAGGGAUACCGACUGAUCGGCCAGAGCGCUGUACGUUGUUUACAUAACCGCCGCUGGUCGGGAUAUGCUCACUGCAGGCGGAUCCAAUGUCAUGUUUUGCCAGCAAUCCCGUAUGGGUCAUACCAGUGUACGGCUGGUGUUUAUGAGGGUUCCCGUUGUGAUUAUACUUGCUCUCCAGGCUAUCAGAUUGAGGGUGAUCGCAAUCGUGUCUGCAUGGAAGAUGGGCUCUGGAGCGGAGGAGAACCUUUUUGUGUAGAUGUUGAUCCACCCAAGAUUCAGUGCCCGACUUCAAGGGUAAAAGUUGCCGAGCCAGAGAAACUGACCGCUGUGCUGUACUGGGGAAGCCCGAAGGUCAAGGAUACAGCUGAUGGUGUUAUAACAAGAGUGUUGCGCAGAGGUCCUGAACCAGGAUCUGAGCUCCGUGAAGGUGAACACAUCAUCCGAUAUACAGCAUAUGACAGCGCAAACAACCGCGCAAGCUGUAAAUUUACAGUAAAAGUACAAGUGAGAAGAUGUCCCGUUCUUUCUCCUCCACUUCACGGUUACAUCGCCUGUAGCUCUGCUGGGAAUAACUACGGAGCUAAUUGUGAAUAUCACUGUGAGGGGGGCUAUGAGCGUCAGGGGCCAGCUCUGCGGGUCUGCCUCUUCAGUCAGCAGUGGGCUGGAUCCCCAGCGAUAUGUACACCCAUGCAGAUCAAUGUCAACGUGAAUUCUGCAGGCGGCUUCAUAGACCAGUUUUUUGAGAAGCAGCAACUACUGAUUAUUUCUACCCCCAGCUCUUCGGACAGGUACUACAGACUUCAGAGUGCUGCUCUGCAGAGAGCAACUUGUGGCCUGGAUCAGCGUCAUGUUGUAGUGGUUGAGUUAGUGGGAGAGAUGCCAAAAGAGGUGGGACGUCUACGAGCUCAGCAACUGUCAACAGAACUCAUCGAGCAAUUAAGACAGGCCUUGCAUAUCUCCAGAUCAUACUUCAAUAUGGUCCUCAUCGACAAGUACGGUGUUGACCGGGAACGAUACGUGGAACCUACCACCUCCGAUGAGAUCUUCACUUUUAUAGACACAUAUCUACUGAGCCCCUUGGAACUCGCUCAGCUGGAGGCCAACAAGGAAAACUGUGAAUGAUGGACAUCGCUGCUGCUCUGCACAAAGAGGGAACUGGUGAUCGAAUCUGUCGAAACAGCCAUAAUCCUAGUGGAAAUUAGUUUUUUUUAAAUAAAAUAUUUAUUAAAUAAAACUCGUAUAAACUAAAAUAUAUAAUUUGCUGUGAUUAGU